UAAGGCUAUACACACUAGCUGAAAGAGUGAGGCAGCAGAGAGAAUGGGAAGAAAGGGAGCUUGUUGAGAAGCAGUAGAACAGAGAGCUUUUCCAUGGCGUGGUGGAACCCUCUGGCCCUGAUCUGGGAUAACCUGAGAGGUCAAAGGAUAAGGGAGAAUGACCUCCGCCACUUGGCGUCCAAUCUGCCUUAUGAAGGCCUGGCGAAGAAGAAGCAACCCAACCGCUAUUUGCCCGGAAACGCUAUCAAGACCACCAAAUACACCCUCCUCCUCUUUUUACCCAUGAACCUCUUUGAACAGUUUCACCGUCUGGCAAACCUCUACUUCGUUGGCCUGGCUAUCCUCAAUUUUGUGCCCGUGGUGAACGCCUUUGAGCCUGAGGUGGCUCUUAUCCCCAUCUGUGUCAUCCUGUCUCUCACUGCCCUCAAAGACGCUUGGGAGGACUUCAGGAGGUACCAGUCGGACAGGAAGCUCAAUAACAUGGUGUGCUUCAUCUACAGCAGGAAACACAAGCAGUUUGUGGAGCGGCGUUGGAAGGAUGUGCGAGUGGGUGAUUUUGUGAAGGCGCUUUGCAAUGAAAUCAUCUCUGCAGACCUCCUGCUCCUGCACACAUCAGACCGCAAUGGCGUGUGCCACAUAGAGUCCUCCAAUCUGGAUGGAGAGACCAACCUCAAAGAGAGGAAGGUGGUUCCCGGCCUCUGCGUCACGGAGCCCGACUUCCAACCUGAAAGUUUCAACAGCGUUGUGGUGUGUGAAAGGCCCAACAACAAUCUGAAUCACUUCAAGUGUUAUGUGGAGAAACCCACAAAAGAAAAGGUGGGUGCGGGAAUUGAGAGUUUGCUGCUUCGAGGUUGCACUGUCAGAAAUACUGACCAUGCUGUCGGCUUUGUGGUGUAUGCAGGCCAUGAAACCAAGGCAAUGCUGAACAACAACGGGCCAAGAUACAAGCGCAGCAAACUGGAGCGGAAACUGAACGUGGACGUCAUAUUUUGCGUCAUUCUGCUCCUCGCCAUGUGUCUCGUCGGAGCACUAGGUCACUUCUUUUGGCGGCAGGCACUACCUGGUGUGCCCCCUUACCUGGUGCCUGACAACAACGGCCAUGUGGACAGUCCCAGUCUGUCCAGCUUCUACAUGUUCUUCAGCAUGAUCAUCCUGCUGCAGGUCCUGAUCCCUAUUUCCCUCUAUGUUUCCAUUGAGCUGGUGAAGAUUGGCCAGAUCCUUUUCAUUACUCAUGACAUAGACCUUUAUGAUGAAGAGACAGACAGCCGAAUACAGUGUAAAGCUCUGAACAUUACAGAGGACCUGGGACAGAUUGAGUACAUCUUCUCCGACAAGACAGGCACGCUCACCGAAAACAAGAUGGUGUUUCGACGUUGCUCCAUCAUGGGCACAGAGUACCCGCACAAAGAGAACGCCAUCCGCUUGGCUGUUAUUGAUGAGCCAGAAUCCGAAGAGGAGGUCAUCUUUAACCAGCAGCCACAACCCCCACAGCCUGUAUGGUCUCUGGAUGCUGAAGACCGUAGCCAUGAAGGCAGACAACGGCGUCAUGAAAGCAGACACAAAAACAAGUUUGCAGAAAACGCCCAGAGCAACGUGGCCUUCAGCAGUCCCCUGGAAACACAGGUGAUUCCAGACAGGAAGCUGCUCCAGCAGGUCAGCAACGUAGAGAGUCGAAGCAGCAGCCAGAAGAUGGAUCCAUGCCUAGACUUUUUUCUGGCUCUCGCCAUUUGCAACACGGUGGUGGUUUCCAUGGCAACGGCUCGGAGACAGAGUACGCAAGAGCAUCCGUGCUCCUUCCAGUCAACUAAUCCAUUGGAUAAUUUCUCAAACUUCUUCAAAAAGGCAAGCUCUCUUCGCAACAUAUUUGCAUCCAAAAGGGACAGAACCUUCUCAGAGACCUCUUUUAAAGAGGACGAUCGCUUUACCACCUUUCAAAAAGUGGAUGACUCAGGAGUUUUCACAUCACGUGGUAGGAGUGAUGAGUCCAGCAGUAUGUGCUAUGAGGCAGAGAGUCCAGACGAGGCAGCUUUGGUGUAUGCCGCCAAAGCGUAUGGCUUCAUUCUGCUGAGCCGCACCCCCAACAGUGUGACAGUGAGGCUGCCGUUGGGUCAGAUCCUGGCCUUUGAGGUGCUCGACAUCCUGUCCUUUGACUCCAACAGAAAGAGAAUGUCUGUGCUGGUGCGACAUCCCAUCACCAAAGAGUGUGUUCUGUACACCAAAGGUGCAGACUACUCUAUCAUGGAGCUGCUCGGUGCACCAUAUGCGGAACAUCUUAGUGGAAACCAGAAGAAUAUUGUAGCAGAUACUCAGUAUCACCUUGACUGCUAUGCUAAAGAAGGGCUGCGUACGCUUUGCUUUGCAAAGAAGGUUGUGAGCGCCAAAGACUAUGAUGUCUGGUUCGUGAACAGACAGAGCGCUAUGGCUGCCAUCGACGGCAGAGAGGAACUCAUUAUGGACACUGCUGUGCAGCUGGAGACAAACCUCACCCUACUGGGGGCGACAGGCAUUGAGGACCGUCUGCAAGAGAGCGUUCCAGACACCAUCUUGGCACUGCGGGAAGCAGGGAUCAAGAUGUGGGUGCUGACUGGUGACAAGCCAGAGACGGCUGUCAACAUCGGCUAUGCCUGCAGGCUGCUGGAAGACGAAGACCUGGUGAUUAACAUGAGCUGCAAAAACAAGCUUGUAUGCACUUCCAUCUUGGACUGCACUCUGGAGGAGGUGAGGAGCUAUGAAAACGACCCUCGUAACGUGGAUACUACCCCAGACAUCUCGCUCGUGAUCGAUGGACGCACCCUGGCCAUGCUUCUGUCGAAAGAUCUGCAGGGCCGCUUUGUGGAGUUGGCAAAGCGUUGCCGCUCUGUGCUCUGCUGUCGAGUCACACCCUUGCAGAAGCGCGGAGUGGUGAAGCUCAUCAGGGAGAAGCUCAGGGUCAUGACUCUAGCUGUCGGUGAUGGUGCCAAUGAUGUUAACAUGAUCCAAGCAGCCGAUAUUGGGAUCGGGAUUUCCGGUCAGGAGGGUAUGCAGGCAGUCAUGGCGAGUGAUUUUGCGAUUUCUCGCUUCAAACACCUUAAAAAGCUGCUGCUGGUUCACGGACACUGGUGCUACACUCGUUUGGCCAAUAUGAUCAUUUACUUCUUCUUUAAGAAUUUGGCCAAUGUCAAUCUGCUCUUCUGGUAUCAGUUCUAUUGUGGAUUCACAGCGACCGCCAUGUUGGACUACUGGCUGCUGAUUUUCUUCAACCUCUUCUUCACAUCUGUACCUCCCAUCAUGUUUGGGAUCAUGGACAAAGAUGUUUCGGCAGAGGUGCUGCUCGGUGUUCCUGAACUUUAUCGGACCGGACAAGGUGCAGGGAAAUAUCGUUUUUCCACCUUCUGGGUUUCCAUGCUUGAUGCCUUCUAUCAGAGUCUCAUUUGCUUCUUCAUUCCAUACUUGGCGUACCAGGAUUCGGAUGUUGAUGUUUUCACAUUUGGAACUCCUUUAAAUGCAGUUUCCUUAAUUACCAUCCUGUUGCAUCUGUCAAUAGAGAUCCAAGCCUGGACUGUGGUUCACUGGAUCAUCAUGCUAGGCAGUGUUGCUGUAUCCUUGAUCCUGACGCUGUUAUACACUUCCUGUGUUACCUGCAACUCCCACUGGACGCUCCAGAACCAAUUGAAAGACCCAAUUUUCUACCUUAUCUGCAUCAUCACAACAGUGGUGGCCCUACUGCCCAGGUACAUGUUUCACGUGAUGAGGAACUCUAUCUCCCCCUCCCCGAUUGUGCAAGCCCGGCAUCUGGACGGCCUGGAUGCCUCCACAAAGGAAGCGUGGAUCAAAGAGUGGAGGGGCUUCAGGGGUGGAGAGGAGGUCAAACGCUCCGAGCUCUGCACUCCACCUUCUCCCACCACUUCUCGGACCCCAACUUCCCCUGAUUCCUUAGGGAAUGAAAUCACACUGAGGUCAUUUAAAAUAUAAAACAAGACUGCACAAAUACUGUACUACAAUGAGAGGGAUAAUUUAUUAUGAACAUUUUUUUUUUUUUUACACCUGGAGGUAGCUCACCAGUGGAAAUGUCCCAUGGUGGAGCUUUUCUUCAUGGAGCACUUUCAGUAGGGAGUGAAAGACUUCAGUCUCCUAUGACAUGAAAUGUGAUUCAACCUUCUUCUUUUACUCAUUCGGUGCCACAGUGAACAACAACCAGCUAAAGUCCUGAUGGGAAUUCAGGGCACAUGGUAAAACAUGCCCAUUGUGGAGGGAUUUUUUUUAAAUUUAACUCUGUAAAUGACACAUGAUUUCACUGCCUAUGUGAUGGAAUUAAUUGUCGUUAGUCUGUG